CCGAGGUGCGCGCGCCCGCGCGUAUGUGUGUGAGUGCGUGUCCUGCUCGCUCCAUGUUGCCGCCUCUCCCGGUACCUGCUGCUGCUCCCGGGGCUGCUGGAAAUGCGAGAGGCUGAGCCGGGGAGGAGGAACCCGAGCAGCAGCGGCGGCGGCGGCCGCGGCGGCGGCGGCGGGAGGAGCCCCCCAGGAGGAGGACCGGGAUCCAUGUGUCUUUCCUGGUGACUAGGAUGUCGUCGGAGGAGGACAAGAGCGCGGAGCAGCCGCAGCCGCCGCCACCACCCCCCGAGGAGCCCGGAGCCCCGGCCCCGAGCCCCGCAGCCGCAGACAAAAGACCUCGGGGCCGGCCUCGCAAAGAUGGCGCUUCCCCUUUCCAGAGAGCCAGAAAGAAGCCUCGGAGUAGAGGAAAAAUUACAGUGGAAGAUGAGGACAGCAUGGAUGGCCUGGAGACAACAGAAACAGAAAAUAUUGUGGAAACAGCAGAAGUCAAAGAGCAGUCUGCAGAAGACGAUAUUGAAGCCGAAGGGGACAGCAGCAGACGGCCUGUCCCAGCCCUUGAGCGCUCUGUGUCCCAGGACUCUGCGAGCUCCCUGGUCUCUGUUGGUGUGGAAGUCAAAAUCAGUGAACAGCUCUGCGCUUUUUGUUACUGUGGUGAAAAAAGUUCCUUAGGACAAGGAGACUUAAAACAAUUUAGAGUAACGCCUGGGUUUAUCUUGCCGUGGAAAAGCCAGCCUUUUAACAAGAAGGACACUGAUGAGAGCAGCAACGGAACCUGUGACAAAAUACAAAACUCAGCAUCACGAAAACAAAGAGGACAGAGAAAAGAGCGAUCUCCUCUACAGAAUAUAGUAUCUUGUGUAAGUGUGAGCACGCAGACUGCUUCGGAUGAUCAGGCUGGUAAAUUAUGGGAUGAACUCAGUCUGGUUGGCCUUCCGGAUGCCAUUGAUAUCCAAGCCUUAUUUGAUCCCACAGGCACUUGCUGGGCCCAUCACCGUUGUGUGGAGUGGUCGCUGGGGGCGCGCCAGAUGGAAGAGCUGUCAUCGGUGAGCGUGGACAAAGCUGUUGUCUCAGGGAGCACAGAGCGUUGUGCGUUUUGUAAGCACCUUGGAGCCACUAUCAAAUGCUGUGAAGACAAAUGCACCCAGAUGUACCAUUAUCCUUGUGCGGCUGGAGCUGGUACCUUCCAGGACUUCCGGAACUUCUUCCUUCUGUGUCCAGAGCACAUCGACCAAGCUCCUGAGAGAUCAAAGGAAGAUGCAAACUGUGCAGUGUGCGACAGCCCGGGAGACCUCUUAGAUCAGUUCUUUUGUACCACUUGUGGGCAGCACUAUCAUGGAAUGUGCCUGGAUAUAGCGGUUACUCCAUUAAAACGUGCAGGUUGGCAAUGUCCUGAGUGCAAAGUGUGCCAGAACUGCAAACAAUCGGGAGAAGAUAGCAAGAUGCUAGUGUGUGAUACGUGUGACAAAGGGUAUCAUACUUUUUGUCUUCAACCAGUUAUGAAAUCAGUACCAACCAAUGGCUGGAAAUGCAAAAAUUGCAGAAUAUGUGUAGAGUGUGGCACACGAUCUAGUUCUCAGUGGCACCACAAUUGCUUGGUAUGUGACAGUUGUUACCAACAACAGGAUAACUUAUGUCCUUUCUGUGGGAAGUGCUACCAUCCAGAAUUGCAGAAAGACCUGCUUCACUGUAAUAUGUGCAAGAGAUGGGUUCAUUUAGAAUGUGACAAACCAACAGAUCACGAGUUGGAUUCUCAGUUCAAAGAAGAGUAUAUCUGCAUGUAUUGUAAACACUUAGCCGCUGAAAUGGACCCCUUACAGCCAGGUGAUGAAGUGGAGAUGGCCGAAGUCACUACAGAUUGUAACAAUGAAAUGGAAGUCGAAGGACCUGAAGACCAUAUGGUAUUUCCAGAGCAAGCAGUUAAUGAAGACAUCAGUGGCCAGGAGUCGACACCUGGAAUUGUUCCAGAUGCAGUUCACAUCCAUACAGAAGAGCACCAAAAGAGUAAUUCACCCGAAAGUCUUCACACACAUGAUCUUCUCAUUUCUGAAUCAUCCCAAGAUAAAAUGAAUCCUGAAUUGGAAAAUCAUAUUUCUCAAGAAGUUGAUAGUGAAAAAAUGGAAAUGUCUUCUAAAGUGAUGCAUGUUUGUGAUGAAAAUCAAAAUGAAAACAAAAUGGAAAUGACGGAGAACGUUGACGUCCUUACACACCAGAUCACCGUGCGGCGCGAGGACCUGCAGUUAGGGGAACCCAGAAUGCUAGCAGCCACAGAAGAAUCACGGCCUCCAAGAUUGUCCUUUGAAUCUGUCACUGGUCCGCCAGAAACCCUAAGGUCCCCGUGUGAGGAAAGUACUUCUUUAUGUUCUAAGGAACAAUUGGCUAUAGAAAGGGUACAAGAAGAAAUGGAACAGAAAGUUAGUUCUGAAUCUUCUGCUGUGUUUAUGGACUUUGAAGUGGCUCCUGUAGUUGAGAGUUGUGUGAAGGAUGGUUUAUGCCAAGAAGACAAAUCUGUAAAAGUACCAUCGGAGACCGAGUUGUCAUUUUCGUCAGCGGCAGGUGUAAGCAAGGCAAAUGUGUCUUCCUCUCCACUCUCUUCAGACUUGCCUUCCCAGGACAUACUGCAUAGCUACCCUUCAACCCUCAGUGCUUCUGUUGGAAACAUUAUGCCAACAACUUACAUCUCAGUCACUCCAAAAAUUGGCAUGGGUAAACCAGCUAUUACCAAAAGAAAAUUUUCUCCUGGUAGACCUCGGUCCAAACAGGGGGCUUGGAGUACCCAUAAUACAGUGAGCCCACCUUCCUGGUCCUCAGACAUUUCAGAAGGUCGGGAAAUUUUUAAACCCAGGCAGCUUCCUGGCAGUGCCAUUUGGAGCAUCAAAGUGGGCCGCGGGUCGGGGUUCCCCGGGAAGCGGAGACCUCGUGGUGCGGGGCUGUCGGGGCGAGGCGGCAGAGGCAGGUCAAAGCUGAAAAGUGGCAUCGGAGCAGUCGUGUUACCCGGGGUGUCUGCUGCAGAUCUUUCAUCGAGUAAGGAUGAAGAGGAAAACUCUAUGCAUAACACAGUGGUGUUGUUUUCCAGUAGUGACAAGUUCACCUUGCACCAGGACAUGUGUGUAGUUUGUGGCAGUUUUGGCCAAGGAGCAGAGGGGAGACUGCUGGCAUGUUCUCAGUGUGGUCAGUGCUACCACCCGUACUGUGUCAGCGUCAAGAUCACGAAAGUGGUUCUUAGCAAAGGUUGGAGGUGCCUUGAGUGCACUGUGUGUGAGGCCUGUGGGAAGGCCACUGACCCUGGAAGACUCCUGCUGUGUGAUGACUGUGACAUAAGCUACCAUACCUACUGCCUCGACCCUCCUCUGCAGACAGUGCCCAAAGGAGGCUGGAAGUGCAAAUGGUGUGUUUGGUGCCGGCACUGUGGGGCGACAUCUGCAGGCCUGAGGUGUGAGUGGCAGAACAACUACACACAGUGCGCUCCCUGUGCAAGCCUGUCUUCCUGCCCCAUCUGCUGUCGGAACUAUCGAGAAGAAGAUCUUAUUCUGCAGUGUAGACAAUGUGACAGAUGGAUGCAUGCAGUUUGUCAGAACUUAAAUUCUGAGGAGGAAGUGGAAAAUGUCGCCGACAUUGGUUUUGAUUGUAGCCUGUGCAGACCCUAUAUGCCUACGUCAAAUGUGCCUUCCUCAGACUGCUGCGAAUCCUCACUGGUAGCACAGAUCGUCACAAAAGUGAAAGAGCUAGAUCCACCCAAGACAUACACCCAGGAUGGUGUGUGUCUGACUGAAUCAGGGAUGACGCAGUUACAGAGCCUCACAGUUACAGUCCCCCGAAGAAAACGGUCCAAACCAAAGUUGAAGUUGAAGAUUAUAAAUCAGAAUAGCGUGGCUGUCCUUCAGACCCCUCCAGACAUCCAAUCAGAGCACUCAAGGGAUGGAGAAAUGGAUGACAGUCGAGAAGGAGAACUUGUGGACUGUGAUGGGAAAUCAGAAUCUAGUCCUGAGCGGGAAGCCGUGGAUGAGGAAACGAAGGGGACGGAAGGAGCAGAUGGUGUAAAAAAGAGAAAAAGGAAACCAUACAGACCAGGUAUUGGUGGAUUUAUGGUACGGCAAAGAAGUCGAACUGGGCAAGGAAAAACGAAAAGAUCUGUCAUCAGGAAAGAUUCCUCAGGCUCUAUAUCUGAGCAGUUACCUAACAGAGAUGAUGGCUGGAGUGAGCAUUUACCAGAUACACUAGUUGAUGAAGCUGUUUCUGUUACUGAAAACACUGAAAAAAUAAAGAAGAGAUACCGAAAAAGGAAAAAUAAGCUUGAAGAAACCUUCCCUGCCUAUUUACAAGAAGCUUUCUUUGGAAAAGAUCUUCUAGAUACAAGUAGACAAAACAAGCUAAGUUUAGAUAAUCUAUCCGAAGAUAUGGCUCAACUUUCAUAUAAAACAAACAUGAACACAAAUUUCUUGGAUCCUUCCUUAGAUCCACUACUUAGUUCAUCCUCAACUCCAGCAAAACCUGGAACUCACGGUACGACUGGUGACCCCUUAGCUGAUAUUUCUGAAGUCUUAAACACAGAUGAUGACAUUCUUGGAAUAAUUUCAGAUGACCUUGCAAAAUCAGUUGAUCAUUCAGCCGGAAUAGAUCUCGGUCCUGUCGCUGAUGACCCCUCUUCUUUGCCUCAGCCAAGUGUCAAUCCCAGUUCACGACCAUUAAGUGAAGAGCAGCUAGAUGGAAUCCUCAGCCCUGAGCUAGACAAAAUGGUCACAGAUGGAGCAAUUCUCGGAAAGUUAUAUAAAAUUCCAGAGCUCGGAGGGAAGGACGUCGAAGACUUGUUUACUGCUGUGCUCAGUCCUGCUGCCACUCAGCCGCCCCCGCUCACACAGCCGCCCCCGCCACCUGCGCCACAGCUGCUGCCCGUGCACAGUCAGGAUGUAUUUUCACGGAUGCCACUCAUGAACGGCCUUAUCGGACCCAGUCCUCACCUCCCACAUAAUUCUUUGCCUCCUGGAAGUGGACUGGGAACUUUCUCGGCUGUAGCACCGUCUCCUUACACAGAUACCAGGGAUAAAAAUCCAGCAUUUAAUCCGAUGGCAAGUGACCCUAACAGCUCAUGGCCGUCAUCCGCUCCCACGGUGGAAGGAGAGAACGACACAAUGUCCAAUGCCCAGAGAAGCACACUCAAGUGGGAGAAGGAGGAGGCCCUGGGUGAAAUGGCAACAGUAGCACCAGUUCUCUACACGAACAUCAAUUUCCCCAACCUGAAGGAGGAAUUCCCUGACUGGACCACUAGAGUGAAGCAGAUUGCCAAGCUGUGGAGAAAAGCAAGCUCGCAGGAGAGAGCGCCUUACGUGCAAAAAGCCAGAGAUAACAGAGCUGCCUUACGCAUUAAUAAAGUCCAGAUGUCAAAUGAUCCCCUGAAGAGGCAGCAACAGCAAGACAGCAUCGAUCCGGGCUCUCGAAUUGAUUCGGACCUUUUUAAAGAUCCAUUAAAGCAGAGAGAAUCAGAACAUGAACAGGAAUGGAAAUUUCGACAGCAAAUGCGUCAGAAGAGUAAGCAGCAGGCUAAAAUUGAAGCUACGCAGAAGCUGGAGCAGGUCAAGAACGAACAGCAGCAGCAGCAGCAGCAGCAGCAGCAGCAACAGCAAUUCGGCACUCAGCCCCUCGUGGCCCCGUCUGGCUCAGACACGCCGAGUAGUGGCAUCCAGAGCCCCCUGACGCCCCAGCCCGGCAACGGAAACGUGUCUCCUGCACAGUCAUUCCAUAAAGACCUGUUUACAAAGCAGCUCCCCAGCACCCCGACGUCUGCGUCCUCAGAUGACGUGUUUGUGAAACCGCAAGCCCCUCCCCCUGCUGCAGCCCCAGCCCGAGUUCCCGCCCAGGAGAAUCUGUCUCAGCCUCAGACCUGUCAGCCACCUUCGCCACAGGUCUUCUCGCCUGGGCCCUCUCACUCCCGACCACCAUCUCCAGUGGAUCCUUACGCGAAAAUGGUUGGUACUCCAAGACCACCUCCUGGGGGCCACGGCUUUCCCAGAAGAAACUCUGCCGCCCUGGUGGAAAACUGUGCUCCUCUGCCUUCAGCCCCGAGGCCCGCUCAGAUGGCUGAGGCCACGGCAGGCAGGCCGUCCCCCGUCAGAGACUUAUGCUCCUCCACCGCAAGUAUCGACCCCUAUGCAAAGCCACCAGACACACCUAGACCCAUGAUCACCGAUCCGUUCCCUAAACCCUUGGGCCUCCCCCGCUCCCCUCUAGUUUCUGAACAGACUGCAAAAGGCCUUCUAGCAGCUGGCACCAAUGAUCACUUUAGUAAACCAUCUCCCAGGGCAGAUGUGUUUCAAAGACAGCGGAUACCUGACCCAUAUGCGCGACCCUUGUUGACACCCGCACCUCUUGACAGUGGUCCUGGACCUUUUAAGACUCCGAUGCAGCCCCCUCCGUCUUCCCAGGAUCCUUAUGGGUCUGUGUCACAGGCACCCAGGCGAUUGUCUGUGGACCCUUAUGAAAGGCCUGCUUUGACACCGAGACCUGUAGAUAACUUUUCUCACAGCCCGUCAGGUGAUCCGUACAGCCAGCCUCCCCUAACCCCACAUCCAGCAAUGAAUGACUCUUUUGCCCAUCCUUCAAGGGCUUUCCCCCAGCCUGGAACCGUAUCAAGGCCAACAUCUCAGGACCCAUAUUCCCAGCCCCCCGGAACCCCACGACCUGUUGUAGAUUCUUACCCCCAGCCCUCAGGAACAUCUCGCUCCAAUCCAGACCCCUACUCCCAACCUCCUGGAACUCCCCGGCCCGCCACGAUUGACCCUUACAGUCAACAGCCGCCAACCCCAAGGCCGUCUACACAAGCAGACUUGUUCGUUCCACCUGCCCCUAAUCAGAGGCAUUCGGACCCAUACGCUCACCCUCCUGGAACACCAAGACCUUACUCUCAGCCACCAGCAGCGCCAAGGCCGAGGGUUUCAGAGGGUUUUACUAGGUCCUCAAUGACAAGACCAGUCCUCAUGCCAAAUCAGGAUCCUUUCCUGCAAGCAGCACAAAAUCGAGGAGCAGCUUUAUCUGGUCCAUUGAUAAGGCCACCUGAUCCAUGUUCCCAAACUCCUAGGCCACCUGGACCUAGUCUCUCAGAAACUUUUAGCCGAGUUUCCCCGUCUGCUACUCGGGAUGCCUACGAUCAGCCUCCAAUGACUCCAAGAUCUCAGCCGGACUCUUUUGGAACAAGUCAAGUUGCUCAUGAUAGUGUUGAUCAGUCAAGGCCUGGAUCAGAGGGGAGCUUCAGUGCGCCCUCAAAUUCUCCAAUGAGUUCUCAGAGCCAACAGUUUCCCAGCGUCUCCCACCUUCCUGGACCUGUACCAACUUCAGGGGUCACUGAUACACAGAAUACCGUAAAUAUGUCGCAGGCAGAUACGGAGAAGUUAAGACAGCGGCAGAAGUUACGUGAGAUCAUCCUCCAGCAGCAGCAGCAGAAGAAGCUGGCGGGUCGGCAGGAGAAGGGCUCCCAGGACGCGGCGGCGGCCCCUCUCCCAGCGCCCUUGCAGCACUGGCAGCCCGACGGCGUCAGCCAGGCGUUUGCGAGGCCUCCGCCCCCCUAUCCCGGGAGCGUCCGGUCUCCUGUCGUCCCUCCUCUGGGGCCUAGAUACGCAGUUUUCCCAAAAGAUGCACGCGGACCCUACCCUCCUGAUGUUACUGGUAUGGGGAUGAGACCUCACGGAUUUAGAUUUGGAUUUCCAGGAGGUAGUCACGGUACCCUGUCAGGUCAGGAGCGCUUCCUUGUACCUCCUCAACAAAUACAAGGGUCUGGAGUUCCUCCACAGCUCAGAAGAUCUGUAUCUGUAGACAUGCCGAGGCCUUUAAAUAACUCACAGAUGAAUAAUCCAGUUGGACUUCCGCAGCAUUUUCCACCACAGAGUCUGCCAGUUCAACAGCAUAACAUACUCGGUCAAGCAUUUAUUGAGCUGAGGCACAGGGCGCCUGACGGAAGGCCGCGGGUGGCCUUCGCCGCUUCUCCCGCCAGUGUUCUGGAGCCACCUUCUCAUCCAAGACAGGGAAACUUCAUUCCCCGGCCGGACUUCCCGGGUCCUAGACACACCGAGCCCUUGAGACGACCUGUUCAGGGUCUGCCAGCUCCGCUACCUUUGCAUCCAAAUGUGGAACAAGGGCCACCGUCUCAGCAAGACCAGAGUCAUCCCGUCCAUUCGUCUUCUGUGGUCAUGAGGUCCCUGAGCCACCCCUUAGGCGGUGACUUCUCAGAGGCCUCUCUGUCAACAGCAUCGACACCUGCUGAAACAACAUCCGAUAACUUACAGGUAACCACCCAGUCUUCUGAUGGUCUUGAAGAAAAACUCGAUACUGACGACCCAUCUGUAAAGGAACUAGACGUUAAAGACCUUGAGGGGGUUGAAGUCAAAGACUUGGAUGAUGAGGAUCUUGAAAAUUUAAAUCUAGACACAGAGGACGGCAAGGGAGAUGAAUUGGAUACUUUAGGUAAUUUGGAAACAAAUGACCCCAACCUGGAUGACCUCUUAAGGUCAGGAGAAUUUGAUAUCAUUGCAUAUACAGAUCCAGAACUUGACCUAGGAGAUAAGAAAAGCAUGUUCAAUGAGGAACUAGACCUUAACGUUCCCAUCGAUGAUAAGAUAGAUAAUCAGUGUGUAUCUGUUGAACCAAAAAACAAGGAGCCAGAAGACAAAACUGCUGUUCCCUCUGAUAAACACUCUCCAUGGAAAAAGUCCACGGGUACCAGUGAGAUAAAAACAGAGGUGCUGUCUCCGGAUUCUAAAGGGGAGGCCAGAUGUGACAGUGAGAAGAGCAACGAGAGCAAAGACAGUACUGGCACCCCCAGCUCACAGGCUUCGGCUCACACAGAGGUCACUGACGGGGAGAAGGCCGCUCUGCAGUCCUGUGACCCAGAUCUGCUGGAGAAGAGAACCCGCGAGGCUGCUGGCCCCGCUGCAGCUGGUGUUCGAGGCGCCUCUCAGCUGCCUGCCGCCGAUGUGAUCAGCCCGUGCGGCCUAACGGCAUCCACUCCGGUUCUCUCGAGUUUACUUGCUAAUGAGAAAUCUGAUAAUUCAGACAUGAGGCCUCUGGGGUCUCCACCGCCCACGCUGCCAGCCUCGCCAUCCAGUCACGCAUCAGGUUUGCCGCCUCCUUUAAUGACGCCGCCUGGGCACGUUUUGGAGAGUGCCCUGAGUUCUCCCGUGCCCGUGCCCUCUAGGGCACACCGUGCUUUCCCCCAGGGUGUGCACGUAAACCCAGGAUUCCUUCAGGGCCAGUCGACAGUUAGUCAUGGUUUGGGGGCUGGAAAGCCUGCAAAUCCAGCGGGUCCUCUCACAAGCCAGCCUGGGCCCAGUGGCCUGUCUGGGCCCCAGCAGCUGAUGGUCCCUCCAACGUUAGCCCAGCAGAACAGAGAGAGGCCCCUCUUGCUGGAGGAGCAACCUCUCCUGCUCCAGGAUCUUCUGGAUCAAGAGAGGCAGGAGCAGCAGCAGCAGAGACAGAUGCAAGCCAUGAUUCGUCAGCGGUCAGAGCCCUUCUUCCCAAACAUCGAUUUUGAUGCAAUUACAGAUCCUAUAAUGAAAGCCAAAAUGGUGGCCCUUAAAGGCAUAAAUAAAGUAAUGGCACAAAACAAUAUGGGCAUGCCACCCAUGGUUAUGAACAGGUUCCCCUUUAUGGGCCAGUCGGUGGCCGGAGCGCAAACCGGUGAAGGCCAGAGUCUCCUCCCGCAGGCCAUGACACAGGAUGGCAGUAUAACACAUCAGAUUUCUAGGCCUAAUCCUCCAAAUUUUGGUCCAGGCUUUGUCAACGAUUCACAACGUAAGCAGUAUGAAGAAUGGCUUCAGGAGACCCAGCAGCUUCUUCAGAUGCAGCAGAAAUACCUUGAAGAACAAAUUGGUGCACACAGAAAAUCUAAGAAGGCCCUUUCCGCAAAACAACGUACUGCCAAGAAAGCAGGGCGGGAAUUUCCAGAAGAGGAUGCAGAACAACUGAAGCAUGUUACAGAGCAGCAAAGCAUGGUUCAGAAACAGCUAGAACAGAUCCGUAAACAACAGAAAGAGCACGCCGAGCUGAUAGAAGAUUAUCGGAUCAAGCAGCAGCAGCAGCAGCAGCAGUGUGCGAUGGCCCCGCCCCCCGUCAUGCCAGGCAUCCAGCCCCAGCCGCCCCUCGUGCCCGGUGCCGCCCCGCCUGCCAUGAACCAGCCUGGCUUCCCUGUGGGGCCGCCGCAGCUGCAGCAUGCAGGGCUGAUUUCUGGCCAUGCCAGCCCGGCUAGGAUGCCCAGUUUACCGGGGUGGCAGCCUGCUGGCACCCCAGCCCACCUCCCCCUCACCCCUGCUAGGGUCCAGCCUCCAGUCGCCCAGUUACCAAUAAGAACUUGCACGCCGGCUCCAGGGACAGUGUCUGGUGCAAACCCACAGGGUGGACCGCCGCCACGGGUGGAAUUUGACGACAAUAACCCCUUCAGUGAAAGUUUCCAGGAGCGAGAGCGGAAGGAACGUUUACGAGAACAGCAGGAAAGACAGCGGAUCCAGCUCCUGCAAGAGGUGGACAGACAGAGGGCCCUGCAGCAGGGCGUGGGGGUGCAGCCGCAUGGCCCCCUGCGGCCCCAGCUUCCCUUCUACAGCUCCGACCUGCCUUGUGACUUUCCCCAGCCUCCCCGGCCCCUUCAGCAGUCUCCACAGCACCAACAGCAAAUGGGGCAGGGCUCACAGCAGCAGAGUAUACAGCAGGGGUCUAUUAAUUCCCCUCCCACCCAAACUUUCAUGCAAACCAAUGAGCGAAGGCAGAUAGGGCCUCCCUCGUUCGUUCCCGAUUCACCCUCAAUUCCUGGUGGAAGCCCCAAUUUCCAUUCUGUCAAGCAGGUACAUGGAGGUCUUUCUGGGGCCAGCUUCCAGCAGUCCCCAGCGAGGGCUCCCUUUACCCCCACGGCACUCACUGUCGGAAGUAGCAGUGUCCCAUGUGGCCAAGACCCCGCUACAACCCACGGACAGAGUUACCCAGGAUCAGCCCAGUCGCUGAUUCAGUUGUAUUCUGACAUAAUCCCAGAAGAGAAGGGGAAGAAGAAAAGAACAAGAAAGAAGAAGAAAGACGAUGACGUGGAAUCCACCAAGGCACCGUCCACCCCCCACUCAGAUAUAACCGCGCCCCCGACCCCGAGUGUCUCAGAAACUACCUCCACACCCACCGUGAACACGCCCGGCGAGCUUCCGCAGCCAGCAGAGCCCGAGUUGGUGGAGCCUGUGUGCCCAUCGACGCCCAACACGGCCGCUGGCCAGCUGUGCGCAGAGUUAGAGAACAGGCCGCCCCGUAGUGAGUUACCACAGGGGACCCCGAGCCACCAGGCUUACGCGGACUCGGAGGUGGAGAAGCACUCUGUGGAAACCCCUGCUUCAGCUGAAGAUGUGAAACUAGAGGCCGCCGAGCCCCCACAGGGCCCCGGCCUCGACGGGCCUGACCUGGAGGAACAAGCUGGAAACCAGGCAGAGGACAGAGCUGGGGCCGGUCCUGGUCCUGUCCCCUCGGGGCAGAGUCCCCCUCAUCCUGCCGGGGCUCCUGCUGCCAAAGCAGAUUCGGGCAAUGAACUUCUGAAACACCUGCUGAAAAAUAAAAAGUCCUCUUCCCUUUUGAGUCAAAAACCCGAAGGCAGCUUUUGUUCAGAAGACGAGUGUACGAAGGGUAACAAAGGAGUGGAGAGACAGAACCCAGUCGAAGGAUUGCAAACUCUGGCGGCUCCGAUGCAAGGUGCUUUUGGAUGUGGCGGCAACCCGUUGCCAAAGGCAGAUGGAGGAAGUGAGACCAAGAAACCGCGAAGCAAACGGACUCAGAGGGCGGGGGAGAAGGCGGCGCCGCGCUCCAAGAAAAGGCGGAAGGAUGAAGAGGAGAAACGAGCCUUGUCCUCUGCCGCCGACACCUUGACGCACCUGAAGCAGCAGCUCUCUCUGCUCCCUCUAAUGGAACCAAUCAUUGGAGUGAACUUUGCGCACUUUCUUCCUUAUGGCAGUGGCCAAUUUAAUAGUGGGAACCGACUUCUAGGAACUUUUGGCAGUGCUACCCUUGAAGGGGUUUCGGAUUACUAUUCUCAGUUGAUCUACAAGCAGAAUAAUUUAAGUAAUCCUCCAACACCCCCUGCCUCUCUUCCUCCUACACCACCUCCUAUGGCUUGUCAGAAGAUGGCAAAUGGUUUUGCGACAACUGAAGAACUUGCUGGAAGAGCUGGCGUACUAAUGAGCCAUGAAGUUACCAAAAGUCUAGGACCCAAAGCAUUUCAGCUGCCCUUCAGACCGCAGGAUGACCUGUUAGCCAGAGCUAUCGCUCCAGGCCCGAAGACCGUUGAUGUGCCAGCCUCACUCCCAACGCCGCCUCAUAACAAUCACGAAGAGCUGAGGAUCCAGGAGCACGGUGGAGACCGGGACACUCCGGACAGUUUUGUUCCCUCGUCCUCUCCUGAGAGUGUGGUUGGGAUGGAAGUGAGCAGGUACCCCGACCUGUCGCUGGUCAAGGAGGAGCCUCCCGAGCCUGUGCCGUCCCCCAUCAUUCCGAUUCUCCCCAGCAGUGCUGGGAAAGGUUUGGAGUCUAGAAGGAAUGACAUCAAGACUGAGCCUGGCACUUUAUUUUUCACACCCCCUUUUGGUUCUUCUCCAAAUGGUCCCAGAUCGGGUCUUAUAUCUGUGGCCAUCACUCUGCACCCGACGGCUGCUGAGAACAUUAGCAGCGUUGUGGCCGCGUUUUCCGACCUUCUCCACGUCCGAAUCCCUAACAGCUAUGAGGUCAGCAACGCUCCGGAGGUCCCAUCCGUGGGCUUGGUCAGUAGCCACAGAGUAAACCCAGGUUUGGAGUGUCGACAGCAUCUGUUUCUUCGUGGGCCUCCGCCAGGAUCUGCGAACCCUCCCCGAUUAGCCGGCUCGUACCGGCUGAAGCCGCCCAGCGCGCCCUUCCGUCCGGCGAGCGACGGUCUCUCUGGAUAUAAGGACGCUACACACGCUGUCGCAGAAGGCGCGGCCCUCAGACCACAGUGGUGCUGUCACUGCAAAGUGGUGAUUCUUGGAAGCGGCGUGAGGAAGUCUUUCAGAGAUCUGGCCUUUGCCAACAAGGAUUCCCGAGAAAGCCCCCACAGAGUGGAGAAGGACAUUGUCUUCUGUAGUAAUAACUGCUUCGUUCUUUAUGCCUCAACCACACAAGCAAAAAACUCAGAAAGCAAGGAGCCUGCUCCCCUGUUGCCACAGUCGCCUGUAAGAGAGACGCCUUCAAAAGCGUUUCACCAGUACAGCAACAACACCUCCACCCUGGACGUGCACCGCCUCCCGCAGUUCCAGGAGGAGGCGUCUCCCCCUGCGUCACCCCCCAUCACUUUCCCUCCGGCCUUCGAAGCGGCCAAAGUGGAGGCAAAGCCAGAUGAGCUCAAGGUAACAGUCAAGUUAAAGCCUCGGCUCAGAACUGUCCAUGGUGGGUUUGAGGACUGCAGGCCGAUCAGUAAGAAGUGGAGGGGGAUGAAAUGGAAGAAGUGGAGCAUUCACAUUGUCAUCCCCAAGGGGACGUUCAAGCCCCCCUGUGAGGAUGAAAUUGAUGAAUUCCUGAAGAAGCUGGGCACUUCCCUUAAACCCGACCCCGUGCCCAGAGACUAUCGGAAGUGCUGCUUCUGUCACGAGGAAGGUGAUGGGUUGACCGACGGACCGGCCAGACUGCUCAACCUUGACCUGGACGUGUGGGUCCACCUGAACUGUGCGCUCUGGUCCACGGAGGUGUACGAGACCCAGGCCGGGGCCUUGAUAAACGUGGAGCUGGCGCUGAGGAGGGGCCUGCAGAUGAAGUGUGUCUUCUGUCACAAGAUGGGCGCCACCAGCGGUUGUCACCGGUUUCGGUGCACCAACAUUUACCACUUCACUUGCGCCAUUAAAGCACAAUGCAUGUUUUUCAAGGACAAGACGAUGCUGUGUCCCAUGCACAAACCGAAGGGGAUCCACGAGCAGGAGCUGAGCUACUUUGCGGUCUUCAGGCGGGUCUAUGUCCAGCGCGACGAGGUGCGGCAGAUCGCCAGCAUCGUGCAGCGCGGGGAGCGGGACCACACCUUCCGCGUGGGCAGCCUCAUCUUCCACACGAUCGGCCAGCUGCUGCCGCAGCAGAUGCAGGCCUUCCACUCCCCCAAGGCGCUCUUCCCCGUGGGCUACGAGGCCAGCCGCCUGUACUGGAGCACCCGCUACGCCAACCGCCGCUGCCGCUACCUGUGCUCCAUCGAGGAGAAGGAGGGCCGCCCCGUGUUCGUCAUCAGGAUCGUGGAGCAGGGCCACGAGGACCUUGUCCUCAGUGACUCGUCCCCUAAAGGUGUUUGGGAUAAAAUUUUGGAGCCCGUGGCGUGUGUGAGAAAACAGUCUGAAAUGCUCCAGCUCUUUCCGGCGUAUUUGAAGGGAGAAGACCUGUUUGGGCUAACGGUGUCCGCGGUGGUGCGGAUCGCAGAGUCCCUACCCGGGGUUGAGGCGUGUGAGAACUACACCUUCCGCUACGGCCGCAACCCCCUCAUGGAGCUCCCGCUGGCCGUCAACCCCACCGGCUGCGCCCGCUCGGAACCUAAAAUGAGUGCCCAUGUCAAGAGGUUUGUGUUAAGACCUCACACCCUGAACAGCACCAGCACCUCCAAGUCCUUCCAGAGCACGGUCACCGGCGAGCUGAGCGCCCCCUACAGCAAGCAGUUCGUGCACUCCAAGUCCUCGCAGUACCGCAGGAUGAAGACCGAGUGGAAGUCCAACGUGUACCUGGCCCGCUCCCGCAUCCAGGGGCUGGGCCUGUACGCUGCCAGGGACAUCGAGAAGCACACCAUGGUCAUCGAGUACAUCGGGACUAUCAUUCGAAAUGAAGUUGCCAACAGGAAAGAGAAGCUGUAUGAGUCUCAGAACCGGGGCGUAUACAUGUUCCGCAUGGACAACGACCACGUGAUUGACGCCACACUCACCGGAGGGCCUGCCAGAUACAUCAACCACUCGUGUGCGCCGAACUGUGUGGCGGAAGUGGUGACUUUUGAGAGGGGACACAAAAUUAUCAUCAGCUCCAACCGGAGGAUCCAGAAAGGAGAGGAGCUGUGCUACGACUACAAGUUCGACUUCGAGGACGACCAGCACAAGAUUCCGUGUCACUGCGGGGCUGUGAACUGCCGGAAGUGGAUGAACUGAACGCAUUCGUCGCCGGUCGGCGGGCGGCUCGUCCCCACGAAGAAGCGAUUCGACGCGCCGUGUGACUUCUGCAGACAGAAGGAGAUUUCCGUUUUCUGUUGUGUGACUUUUUGCAACUAGCUCCUGGGAGUCCCGGCUUCCGCGGCGGCCCCUGGGGCGGGAGCCGCUCCGGGGCGGCCCGGACGGUCCAGCACUUUUGUUUUCUGCUUUCUCUUCCCUUCCUCCUCCUUCCCGUGGGCGGGUUUUGUUUCGUUCUGUUUUGUUUUGUUUUCAAGUCUCACCGAGGAGAAACUGACUGGGGCGCAGAGCCGCGGGCUGCCGGGCCCCGGGGGGGCUUCCUAUGAAUGUAAGACUGAAAUCACCAGCGAAAGGGAGAUUCGUCCAAAGUGCUGGCCACGGCCUUAUCUGAAGAAGGGGCGGGCCCUCUCGUGUAGGAGUUUCUAAGUAACGUAGACACCACUGAACAAGGAAUGUACUGAACCGACUUCCUUAGGGCAGAGCUAAGGGGCGAUAACUUGCACUAAAUACACUUAAUUACUUGAUUCCAUGAGUCAGUUUAUUGUAGUUUUUGAUUUCUGUAAAAUAAGAGAAACUUUUUGUAUUUAUUAUUGAAUAAGUGAAUGAAGCUAUUUUUAAAUAAAAGUUAGAAGAAAGCCAAGCUGCUGCUGUUACCUGCAGAACUAACAAACUCUGUUACUUUGUACAAAUGUGUAAAUAUUUUGAGAAGAAAAAAAAUACAGUAUAAAAAUAGUAUUGACCAAAUGCUACCAGGCUCCGCAGCAGCUCGGGUGCUUAUAAACUGUUCACGGGGGUGUUACAGUACAACGUUGUGUUGUUAAAUACGCCAUGGUAAUUCUGUAAUAACCAAAAUUUCAACCUAGAGUAUUUGGGGUUUUUUGGAAACUACGGUCUAUUAGUACUCAAUUGUUUUAUACACCUUCCGAUAGAACGGAGUGUGGGCUGUGACUCCAACUUUUAUAGCUGUUUUGGUAAUUUAAACUAAUGUUUUCAUAUUCUCUUGUUGCAUCCCUACUUCUUCAGGUUUUUUUGUGCUUACAAUUUGUGAUAACUGUGAAUAACUGCUUCGAGACACACCCAGAUGGAAGCUGAACUUUUUCUUCAGCGAAAGUAGUUUUGAUUAGAACUUCGUUUCAAGCCACAGAGAAUCAUGUAGACAUACUAGGUCAUGUAGCAGGGCUCCAGUCUAACUCUCUAGCCUUCUAUUUAACACAGACAUUUGAAAAGGAAAAAAAAAAAAAAAAAAAAAAGAUCCGAUCACGCUUGCGGCUGCAGGACCCGGGCCAAUAGGGUUUUGGAAGAUGUAAUUUUAAAACGUGUUUGUAUGAACUGUUUGUUUACAUUUCUUUAAUAAAACACACACACACACACACACACACACACACACACACUGUUUUGUGUUUGCUUGUAGAAAUUUAAUCAGCAUUUUGAACCAGGUUAGCUUUUUUUUUUGUACUUAAAAUUCUGGUACUGACACUUCACAGGCUAAGUAUAAAUGAAGUUUCUGUGUGCACAAUUCAAGUGGGCUGUAAACUUGGAACACCAGUGAUGCAGUUCGGAACUUGUAAUGUAUAUGGCAUGAUGUAUUUUUAUCCUACAAAAUAAAUCAAUUGUAUAUAUUUUUCUCUUGAUAAAUAGCUGUAUGAAAUUUGUUUCUUGAAUAUUUUUCUUCUCUUGUACAAUAUUCUGACAUCAUACCAGUAUUUGUCCUACCGGGUUUUUGUUUUCUGUUCUGUAUAAUAGUACCUAAUGUUGGCAAAAAUUGAAUUUUUUGAAGUAUACAGAGUGUUAUGGGUUUUGGAAUUUGUGGACACAGAUUUAGAAGAUCACCAUUUACAAAUAAAAUAUUUUACAUCUA